CCUACCUCCAUCUUCGCCAGAAAGACUCGACGUUCAAGUAAGGGAUUUUCGAAGGGUGGCACAGACGCCAUGGCUUUCGUCCUAAACCGCCUUUUCCGAGCGCUGAGGUUGACAUGUGGCCCCAUAACGGCUAUAAUAUGCUUCUCUCUUAUGCUCACCUAUGUUUUCAUUCUCUAUCAGCCGACGCCUGGACCUGGUAUAAAGCAAAGACUAGGCUGGCAGUCAUGGGACACUGUAACUAUGUCGGAGAGCGACUUGGCCGCUGCAAAUUCCACCACUACUCCAGCAUCCGGCACCGACGAAGACAAACCAGACGGUGUGGAUUGGUGGAAUGUCACCCAAGGCGAUACAACUUAUGACUCAGGUAGUCUCCCUCUGGAUGUAUGGGGACCGCUACUGCCUCACGAUACCGGCCUGUCUGAGAUUACUCUUAUGCGAUGUGUAAUUGAUCCCAAGUUCGCGGGAGAUCUCUGUGCUCCUGAUACGACUCCAGAAAAGGAUGCUAUCAGAGGCAAUUGGGUCCGUGUAGAAAGGAAUCUCAAUGUGGAAGCAGGUUACUGGUCUGGAUAUCUGAGCUUGUACUACAGACGGACACGACGACAAGAUAUAAACCUCGUCACUGAUAUCCGCUUACUCCCCAAAGACGAAGAGUUGAACUCGGAAGAUGGCUGGCAUCAGAUCUCCCUCUCUGCUCGGGCCGGCGUUGUUGGGAUUGCACCCAUAUACCUGUGGUAUCGUGUGGGAAAGACUGCGGGCGCUAUGACUGCGGAAGAACGCGGUCAAAUAAUAACUGAGCUUGAUGUUUUGUAUGGCGAAGACAUUCCGUGGUACGGCUUUGAGAUAUUGCAGCCCCCCACGCUACCUACCAACGGGCGGACCGUUGAUACUUGGUUGACGUACCGCCGUGGUGUAAAACCUCCUCCUCGCGCCCCACCGCUUCACUUCUCACACUCUGGCAACUUCAAGAUCUUGCAAGUGGCUGAUCUUCACUUUUCUGUGUCCCAAGGGAAAUGCCGGGAUGUCGACUUCCCUUGCGAGAAUUCAGACAAUCUGACUUCCACGAUGCUGGGAAGGGUGAUCGAUGCGGAGAAGCCUGACCUUGUGGUCUUUAGUGGUGAUCAGCUUAAUGGUCAAGGUACUUCUUGGGAUCCAAAAUCGGUUCUGGCAAAGUUUGCUAGGGCUGUAACAGAAAGAGGAAUACCCUGGGCGGCAAUUUUUGGAAACCAUGAUAGUGAAGUUGGGGCAGGGAGAGAAGAGCAGAUAGAGUUGAUGAAGGCGUUGCCUUAUAGUCUUGUUCAGCGGGGACCAGAGGAUGUACAUGGCGUCGGGAAUUAUGUUCUCAAAAUCCUGAGUGCGGACGCGUCUAAGAUGCAUUUAUUGACCUUAUACUUCUUGGACUCGGGAUCCUACUCCAAUGGGUUCUACAACUUCUGGGGAGCAUUUAUGCCCACGGCAUACGAUUGGAUACGGCAGAGUCAAAUCGAUUGGUUCUUGAAAGAAUCAGGUACAAUCUCGCCAAUAGAACGUCCGUUUUCACCUGAUACAGGAAAGGACUUUGGCGACUCAUGGACGAAACGACAAGAGGACCAAGUGACUCCUACAACCACCAAGUUAGCAAAGCCAAACGCUCUAAUGUUUUUCCACAUUCCUUUACCUGAAUCCUAUACACCUGCAGAUACUGACCCUCGAACAGGGCAGGCGCUCGAUGUUGGCAUCCAUGGAGAAGAAGCGGCCGGAAAUGCGAAGGGAACUGAUGGAUUCUUUGAAAAAGCAUUGCUGACCGCAUUGGAAAGUGAACAUGUUUCGAAGGGAACUGAGCAUGAAAUCAAAGUCGUGGCGAAUGGCCAUUGCCAUAUCACUGAAAAUUGUCGGCGUGUGCAUGGUAUUUGGCUUUGCUUUGGAGGUGGAGGGUCGUAUUCGGGUUAUGGGAAGAUAGGGUUCGAUCGUCGAUUCCGGGUUUACCAGAUUUCAGAUUAUGGGGAGACCAUAAGAACAUAUAAACGAACUGAGAAAGAUGAAAUUCUCGAUGAGAUGUUCCUUGUGGGACGAGGUGCAGCACCAUGACACCCUAAGGGUUGAAUCUAUGUAUUUUCAGAUAAUUAUUAAACAAUGUGUACUUUAAUUUUAUUUAUCCAGGAUAACAGCUACACAA